AUGUAUAUACUCUACAUACUUGUCAUUUUACAAGCCUGUGUAUUUCAUUCCAUUGACUGUACAAGUUCACCUCAUGCAAUCCGUGAAAUGCAGGAGAGUCUGGAGCACUUCGCUUUCAAUACCAAACUUUACUUAGGAGAACUGGGCCGAAGAAUUGAGCAUUAUGGAGAUUAUAUAGAGAAACUAUUAAGUUCACAGUCCAAUUAAAUGCUGACUUCGGAAUUAAUGAGAAAAUCUUCAGCAUAGAAAAUGAACAAUGUCCUAACACCCGUAACUUCAUUGAUAUGCAAAUCC